AUGAGCGAGCGGGAGGCUGCCGGGCAGCAGGCGAGGCGGAGGCUGCCGGCUGAGUCGGGGCUGCUGCUGGAGCUGCUCCUGUGCCUGGGGCUGCUCUGCGGCCGGGAGAUCGCCGCCCUGGCCGACUUCUCCGGUUACUUAACCAAACUUCUGCAAAAUCACACUGCGUAUGCCUGCGAUGGUGAUCAUUUGAGUCUGCAGUGUCCUCGACAUUCAACGAUAAGUAUCCAAUCAGCAUAUUACGGGAAAGCUUACCAAAUGUGUAAAACACGGCAGCCUGAAGCCAUGAUGAAAGCACCUUUAAACUGUGUUGCACCUACUACCUUGCAGAAAGUGCUGGAUGAAUGCCAGGACCUGAGAGCAUGCCAACUUCUUGUGAAUAGUUGGGUUUUUGGAGCAGAUCUAUGUCCUGGAAUCACUAAAUACCUCCUAGUCUCCUUUAAAUGCAAACCUACUGAAUAUAAAAGCAGGUCAGUAUGUGAAAAUGAAGAACUGAAGCUCCACUGUAAAGAAUCGAAAUUCCUUAACAUAUAUUCUGCAUCAUACGGCAGGUCUGUGCAUGAAAAAGAUGUCUGUUCCUCGGAAGUGGGACAACUCCCCCAGUUUGAUUGCUUUUCUUAUACAGCUUUAGAAGUAUUAUCAAAGAAAUGUUAUGGGAAACAGAGGUGUAAAAUUAUUGCAAACAGUCAUAAUUUUGGAAGCCCUUGCCUCCCUGGUGUGAAGAAAUAUCUCAAUGUCAGCUAUGCAUGUGUUCCAAAAUUCAUAUUUGCAGCAGUUGAUCCAGUGUUUACUAAUGUAAAUCCUUCUUGGAAGCCAAAAGAAGAUAUAAAUGUUGAUCCAAGAGAAUCCAGAUUCCCAAAAAAAGAUGGAAUUAUAAUUAGCAGCAGUUUGGCUACACUUGCUUACAUUAAAGAUCACCCUGAAAGAGCUGCUCUCUUGUUUGUAUCUAGUGUUUGCAUUGGCCUAGUGCUCACGCUUUGCGCUCUGGUGGUGCGCAUGUCGUGCACCGGUGGCUUUGAAAAACUGCAGCAGAUGAAGGAGCGCCUGGUGUCUGAGAACAGCAAGGCUGAGGAUGAUACUGAGGAGGAAGAGGAGGGAGGGGAGUCUUCCAGUUCAGACUUCCCUGAUGAACUAAGAGGCUUCUGCAGGACAUCUUACUCAGCUCGUUGUUCCCUGGACUCAGCUGAACUUGCUGAAAGGAUAGAGCGGCGAGAACAGAUCAUCCAGGAAAUCUGGAUGAAUAGUGGUUUGGAUUCAUCUCCCACUAGGAGUCUCAGCCCAUUUUAUAUUAAUGAACAACAAUGUGUUUAUUUUGGGUAGCAUGUGCUAUUUUUGUGAAGAAUGUACCUUCUGUGAAGGAGCAUUUGCAACUCUAUAUUAUAAUUAUUUGCAAAGAAAACUAUAUUAUUAAUAAUUAUAAUAAAAAUACAGGAUGG